GUCGAAUGUCAUUAAUCAAAAUCUUCGUGACAACUACCUAUCCAAAAUGAUCAGACUAUGUCAAAAAAUAUCCAGUGAAACCAUAACCAUACCACCUUUACUAAUACCCCAACUCACAAUCGCCCUAGUCCCAAGAAGACCCAAUUCCCGAUGGGCAGACGUACCCUUCAACCCCCCAGACAGCAUUUUCGGACUGCUAGAAGCCUUCCACAAGGACCCAUCCCCUAACAAAAUCAACCUAGGCAUAGGAGCCUACCGAACAGACAGCUCACAACCUUACGUGCUACCCAGCGUACGCAAAGCAGAAGAAAAGUUGAGGAAGAAGAACCUCAACAAGGAGUACAGCUUCAUCGCCGGCUCCACUGAAUUCUGUCAGCUGAGCUUCGACUUUGCUCUGGGAGAAGAUAACGUCAUCAGCAAGGAGGGUCUCAAUGCCACAGUGCAAACCAUAUCUGGAACUGGAGCCUUGUCCUUGAUGGCACUGUUUCUGAAACGCUUCUAUCCAGGAGAAAAAACCAUUUACCUUCCCAAGCACACUUGGAACAAUCACAUCACUGUCUUCAGCUUCUUCAACCUGCCUCUAGAUUACUACAGGUACUAUGACGAACCAGCCCGUAAGCUAGACUACCAAGGCUUGAUAGAAGACCUAUCCAACAUUCCUGAUGCCUCCAUGGUCCUUUUUCACCCCUGUGCGCACAACCCUACUGGCAUGGACCCAGAUCAAGACCAAUGGGUAGCUCUAUCCCGUUUGGCCAAGGAAAAAGACUUGUUUGUACUCUUCGACAUGGCUUACCAAGGUUUCGCUACUGGAGAUGCAGAUGUAGAUGCUUUUGCUGUGAGGCAGUUUGCUAGCGAAGGUGUGCCCUUCGCUCUGUCGCAGAGCUGGUCCAAGAACAUGGGCCUCUAUGGAGAACGAACCGGGGCUUUGACGAUCUUAGGGGAUAGCAAGGAUGACGUGAGGCGAAUCCUGUCGCAGCUGAAAGGCAAAAUCAGGGCCAUUUACUCGAAUCCGCCGAUACACGGGGCUAGGAUAGUCACUGAGAUCCUGACGGAUCCAGAGCUGAAGCAGCAAUGGCUGGGCGAGAUGAAAGGAAUGAUAGACAGGAUGAUAUCCGUUAGGAAGGUGCUUCGUGAGAGUUUGUUGAAAUAUGGGUCAGUGCACGACUGGGGGCACAUUGUGAAGCAGAAAGGGAUGUUUUGCUUCACGGGGAUGGAUGCUAAACAGGUGGAAAGGAUGACCAGGGAGUUCAAGAUUUAUAUGGGCAAGGAUGGGAGGAUUUCCAUAGCGGGAGUGACUACUAAGAAUGUUGAUUACAUAGCUCGAGCAAUGCAUGAGGUGACCAAAUAG